AUGGGUAAGAAAAGGACCCCCCAAAAUAAAAAAUCACACGAAAUGAUUGUAGAUGAAUCAAAGUUGAAUUGGAAACCGGUAGAUAUCCCGGACACCUUAGACGACUUCGGUGGGUUUUAUGGCUUAGAGGAAAUUGAUGGUGUGGACGUUAAGAUUGUUAACGGUAAAGUAAAUUUCAUUCCCAAAAAUGACUCAAAACUAGCAAGGGACGUUACGAAGGAAAAAUCUAAGAACAAAGAGAAACGCGCGGGAGCUGAAGCAAGUCCUGGUUCUGGCUUAGAGUCUGAACUUUUGGAAUUUAAGAACUUGGACGAUGUAGAAGAAGGGGAGUUGAGUGCAGCAUCCUACUCGCUCUCUGACGAAGGCGAGCAAGAUGAAAACAAGGAUACAGGUUUAUUAGAUGGCAACGAGGAUGAAGAUGAAGAUGUGUUAAAAGAAAAUGUUUUUAACCAGAAUAUUAAUAUUGAUGAUAUUUCUCCUGUGGAUUUACCUGAAUGGACAAAUCUUUCAUCUCUCUCAAUGACUAUUUUACAAAGUUUACAAAAUUUAAAUUUUCUCAGACCUACAGAGAUUCAAAAAAAAUCCAUUCCGGCUAUUUUGGAAGGUAAAGAUGUCCUGGGCAAAGCCUCUACAGGUUCAGGUAAAACUUUAGCCUAUGGAAUUCCAAUUGUAGAGCAGUUAAUUACCAACUUCUCUCAGAAAAACAAAAAACCGAUAUCAUUAAUUUUCACUCCUACAAGAGAAUUAGCACACCAGGUGACUGAUCACUUGAGAAAAAUAUGCGAACCCGUUUUAGCAAAGUCUCAAUACUCAAUAUUAUCACUGACAGGCGGACUCUCCAUUCAAAAGCAGCAGCGUCUAUUAAAGUAUGAUAAUAGCGGUCAAAUUGUCAUUGCCACACCAGGUAGAUUUUUAGAAUUGUUGGAAAAAGACAACGAAUUGAUUAAAAGAUUUUCUCAAGUGAAUACACUGAUUCUUGAUGAGGCUGACAGACUCCUACAAGAUGGUCAUUUUGACGAAUUCGAAAAAAUUAUCAAAUACCUAUCAGUAGAAAGGAGAAAAAACAAAGUAAAAGAUUCCGAAAACGAUAACAAAAUUUGGCAGACUUUGGUCUUUUCCGCAACCUUCUCCAUCGAUCUAUUUGAUAAACUAUCUUCAUCUCAUCAGGCCAAGGAUAGAAAAUUCAAAAAUAAUGAAGAUGAACUAAAUGCUGUAAUAGAACAUUUAAUGAACAAGAUUCAGUUUAAUUCAAAACCAGUUAUAAUAGAUACAAACCCGGGAUCCAAGGUAGGCUCUCAGAUCAAAGAAUCCUUGAUCGAGUGCCCUCCAUUAGAACGUGACCUGUAUUGUUAUUACUUUCUAACGAUGUUUCCAGGCACUACGUUAAUAUUUUGCAAUGCAAUUGACUCUGUCAAGAAACUUACCGUAUAUUUAAAUAACCUAGGAGUUCCAGCCUUCCAAAUUCAUUCUUCUAUGACUCAAAAGAAUCGUUUGAAAAACCUAGAAAGAUUCAAGCAGCAAAGCGCCAAGCAAAAGACGAUAAAUCAUUCGAACCCAAAUUCCGUUCAAAUCUCUUCAGUAUUGAUUGCAAGUGAUGUUGCUGCCAGAGGUUUGGAUAUUCCUGGUGUUCAGCACGUUAUUCAUUACCACUUGCCAAGAUCUACUGAUAUUUAUAUUCAUAGGUCGGGCAGAACUGCAAGAGCGGGUUCUGAAGGUGUUUCUGCUAUGAUAUGUUCUCCUCAAGAAUCCAUGGGUCCGUUGAGAAAAUUAAGAAAGACUCUGGCCACAAAGAAUAGCGUUUCGGCAGACUUAAAAACUAAACAAAUUAAUAGAAAGCCUAUUAAAUGGCAAAACACUGUAGCUUUGUUGCCAAUCGAGACCGACAUUCUUUCACAAUUAAGAGAAAGGAGUAGAUUGUCAGGCGAAUUGGCAGAUCACGAAAUAGCUUCAAACUCCUUGAGAAAAGAUGACAAUUGGCUAAAGAAGGCUGCUGAUGAAUUUGGUAUUGACGUCGAUUCUGAUGAAGAUGAUAUAUCAAAGAGUAAUUCAGAUAGCUUCCUGUUAAAAAAUAAAAAUAGGAAAAUUCAAAAAACCAUAAACAAGGACAAAGCAAAGGCGAUGAGAGCUGAAUUGAAUGAACUACUGUCAGUGCCUAUACGUAAAGAUAGAAGACAGAAAUACUUAACGGGUGGGUUAGUAAAUUUGGCUGAUAACCUGGUUAAAAAGAGAGGUCAUAACUCUAUUAUUGGUCAUGAAAAGAUGGACGCUUUAGAAACAUUAAAGAAAAAGAGAAAGAGAGAUAAGUAG